CAGGCACAUUAGUAGGAUUUUAGCAAGCGUAUUGCGAGGAACGUAAACAGCAAACAAUUAAAGAAGAAUAGACGGAAAAUGUGGUUACAUGAGACGAGCCAACAUCUGGGCCUGCUGCUUCUCUGCCUGGUUUUGGGCCUGCCCCCUACCCAAACGAAUGUGCCCAACUACUCGGAGUAUGAUGGCCCGAAUCGCUACGACCCUAGGCGUCCCCAGUCUCAGGACCCAAGUCAAUUCGGACGUCGCUAUUCGCCCAAUAGACAACAGUCGCCCUCUCAGCCGCUUUUCAACCGUCCUGGGGGAGCCAACUAUGAGGUUUUGAGGCCCUUGGAACAGCAGCCAAAGCGGCGUGAGUACCUGGUCCGCUCCCACGAGACGCUAUUCGACAGGGAGCAGCACAAGUGCCGCAUUUGGGUGCCUCCCGAAACGGCCACAAAGUACCCGCACGCCAACACCAUUCAGGCAGACCUGGCCAACAAGCUAUCGCUGAUCGAAGUCUGCUGUACUGGCUACUCCGCCAGCCGCCUGCUGGGAGUGACCCAGUGCCGUCCCCUGUGCGGGUGUCAGAACGGAAGCUGCCGUGCUCCGGGAGAAUGCGACUGCUACGAGGGAUUUGUGAAGAACGACAACGGGGACUGCGUUUUCGCCUGUCCGCUGGGAUGCCAGAACGGCCGCUGCUUCCUCGACGGCAGCUGCCUCUGCGAUCCUGGCUACAAGCUGGACGAAACGAGGCGCUUCUGCCGGCCCAUCUGCAGCAGUGGUUGUGGCAACAGCCAGCGCCAUAACUGCACGGAGCCCGAGGUUUGUGGCUGCUCCAAGGGGUACCAGUUGACUGACGAUGGCUGUCAACCGGUCUGCGAGCCGGACUGCGGCAUUGGGGGCCUCUGCAGGGACAACAACGAGUGCGAGUGCGGACCGGGAUACAUGCUGAAGGAUGGGGUCUGUCAAACCGACUGUUAUCAAAAGUGCAGCAAUGGAGUGUGUGUCAGUCGGAACCGAUGCAUCUGUGAUCCGGGCUUUAGCUACCAUGAACCAUCCACAAUGUGUAUUCCUGUUUAGGAGGGAAGAGAACUAUUUUAUUACCAAAUUCUUUAUUUAUACACUCCCCAAAAUGGAAUAGGACUAGGCAGUUAUAUAAUAAAUUCAAAUAUAC